AUGGCCCACAGGCCAGAAAGGGACCCAACGGUCCUCCUCCCCCCUGGGGUGCUCGCUGGCCAGCACCGCACAGGACCCACCGGUCCUCCUUCCCCCUGGGGAGCUCGCUGGCCAGCACCGCACAGGGCCCACCGGUCCUCCUCCCCCCUGGGGAGCUCGCUGGCCAGCACCGCACAGGACCCACCGGUCCUCCUCCCCCCUAGGGAGCUCGCUGGCCAGCACCGCACAGGACCCACCGGUCCUCCUCCCCCCUGGGGAGCUCGCUGGCCAGCACCGCACAGGACCCACCGGUCCUCCUCCCCCCUGGGGAGCUCGCUGGCCAGCACCGCACAGGACCCACCGGUCCUCCUCCCCCCUGGGGAGCUCGCUGGCCAGCACCGCACAGGACCCACCGGUCCUCCUCCCCCCUGGGAAGCUCGCUGGCCAGCACCGCACAGGACCCACCGGUCCUCCUCCCCCCUGGGGAGCUCGCUGGCCAGCACCGCACAGGACCCACCGGUCCUCCUCCCCACUGGGGAGCUCGCUGGCCAGCACCGCAUAGGACCCACCGGUCCUCCUCCCCCCUGGGGAGCUCGCUGGCCAGCACCGCACAGGACCCACCGGUCCUCCUCCCCCCUGGGGAGCUCGCUGGCCAGCACCGCACAGGACCCACCGGUCCUCCUCCCCCCUGGGGAGCUCGCUGGCCAGCACCGCACGGGAGCGCAUGGGGUUGUGCCAAUUCCUGCUGGUGCCGACUGCCGCUGGACGAGCCCCUGGUUAUUGCACGCCACUGGCGAUGUCGUAGCCACGUGCGCCAGUGGCGAUUUUGACCAUUUCGGCGCCAUGAGCGCCACUGGCGCCACUUGCGCCGCUGGCAUUUUUUACGCCACGUGCGCCACUGGCGAUUUCGCCACGCGCGCCUGUGGCGUUUUCGUCGCCACGCCCGCCUGA